AUGCCCCUGUCCAACCUGUCUUUCAACCUCCAGGGCAAAGUCGCCAUUGUAACUGGAGCUUCCCGGGGUAUCGGUGCCGGAAUCGCGUUCGAGCUGGCGCGCCGUGGCGCGAAGGUGGCUGGCACAUACACAUCCCAAGGCAGCGAAAAGGCCAUGGACGCCCUGAUAGCCAAGAUCGACAAUCUCGGCAACGGCUCGCAAGCCAUCAAGAUCAAAGCCGACCUGCGCGACCCUCUCGCCCCUAAGCAAGUCAUCGAGCAAACAGUCCAAGCCUUCGGCACGCACAUCGACAUCCUCGUCAACAACGCCGGCGCCGAGCUCGUCAAGCCCCUGCAGGACGUCACCGUCGAAGACUUCGCAUCCAUCUAUAACCUCAACGUCCGGGGACCCAUGCUCAUGGUCCAGGCAGUCCUCCCACACCUUCCCGCCCGCGGCGGGCGGAUCGUCAACAUCAGCUCGGUCGGGGCGCGGUACGGGUUCAAGGACCUGUCGGUGUACUGCUCGUCCAAGACGGCGCUCGAGGGCCUGACGCGGUGCUGGGCGGCCGAGCUGGGCGGCGCGGGCCACACGGUCAAUGCCGUCAACCCGGGCCCGGUGCAGACGCAGCUCAUGGAGAAUAUCCCGAAGGAUUAUAUUGAGAUGCAGAAGUCCCAGACUCCGGUGGAGAAUCGGAUUGGAACGGUGGAUGAUAUCGCCCAGAUUGUGGCGUGGUUGGCCAGUGAGGAGAGUCGGUGGGUUAGUGGACAGGUGAUCUCUGCCAGCGGUGGGUGGGCUAUGUACUGA